AAAUGAAACUAGUUUUUGUGUUAACUGUUUUGUUACAAAUUUUAUUGGUACAUUCUAAUCUAGAAGUUAUUCAAGAUGAAGAAUUAAUGAAUCUGAUUAGAACAGAAAAAUAUGUUAUAGUUUUAUUUUCAAGAAAGUACUGUGAAUCAUGUGAUAAUUACGAAAAUGAAUUAACAUCGCUUAGAGAAGAUUUAGUAGAAACAUUAAAUGCAUGGGUGGUAAAGGUAGAAGAUAGCCAAAUGACAAGGUUAUAUAGUCCAGAGAAAGAACCUCAACUUGUAUUCUUCCGACAUGGUAUUCCACUGCUUUAUAAUGGUCCUUUAAAUGAUGAAUUAAUACUUCAUACAUUAACAACCAACAAGGAACCUGUUUCCAAAGAAUUAACAGACAAUACAUUUGAACAUUUAACUCAAGCAGCUACAGGGGCUACAACAGGUGACUGGUUUGUUUUGUUUUAUACCCCAGAUUGUGUAGACUGUACCCGUUUGCAAGCAAGGUGGGAAGCUGUAGGAGCUAAAAUAAAAUCGAGAGUAAAUAUUGCUCGUGUGAAUAAAGCAGGAAAUGGAGCAGUAACAGCGAGAAGAUUUGAUGUAACAGGUGUACCAUCCUUUAUUUUAUUCCGACAAGGAAAAAUGUAUCGUUACAACCUACAGAAAUUUGAUAUCAAUUCGCUUUCGGACUUUGCACAAACAAUGGUAGUGAUGUAUAUGAAAGAAAAUCCAUGGUUAUGGCAACUGGGAUUCGGAACAUUUUUACUAGGGUUAAUUGCAUCACUCAUAACAAAGUUUACAAGAAAGACUGUACCAGAAAAGAAAAAAUCUGAUAAGAAAGAUAAAAAGGAAAAGUCAAAAAAUAAAUAA